UCAUAACCUGAAGAGGCUUCUAUAAAAAGGAGAGGUGUUGUACUGAAGCACAAAAUUAAGCAACAUUUCGAGGGGCAAACCAAAUCCACUGGGGGAAAAUGGUUUAUGCUGCAGGAAUCCUUGUGUUGGUGUUCGCUCUGGCAGUGGAUGCCAGGGUUGGUGAUUCUAGCGAAUCCAACCAUUGCACUGAGACAAAGGAAUGUCUUAUGUAUAACUCCAUCUGCAAAGGCGAUGACUAUGAGGUGCGCCACUAUGAGACCUCCAAAUGGGUGUCUGCAGAUUCAGAAUCCUUCUUCAUGGAAGUGGCCAUUAACAGAGCUUUCUGGAAACUCUUCAAAUACAUCCAGGGGGCCAAUGAUGCUGGCUUGAAGAUUGACAUGACUUCUCCCGUCGUCAUCAAAACCAAGGAUGGCACCAGCAUGUGGCAGUCAUCAGUCUACACUGUCAGCUUCCUGCUGCCCUCUACCUUCCAGCAGGGCCAGACCCCUCCCACUCCCACCGAUAGCAGCGUAUACUUCCAUGAGAUGUCUGACAUGAAGGUUUACGUGAAGAGCUAUGGGGGCUGGCUGAUGGGUCUCUCGUCAAGAAUGAAGUCUCGCGAGCUGAGGAACUCACUGGAUGCUGUCGCGGCGUCCUACGACCGUGAUUACCAUUGCGAUGUCGGCUAUGACAGCCCGAUGAAGAUGAUAGACAGGCACAACGAGGUGUGGUACAUGGUGAAGGGAGAGCCUGUUUGUCCGGCUGCUGGAGCUGAGUGAAAGCACUCACUAGAGGAAGCUGAUGUGGAGGAGGGAGCUCUUUCCAGUUGUUACAUCAGCUGCCUUCUUGAUUUUGCAGGGACUUUUCAUUCAUUUCACUGUGCCACUUAUUCCCUAUAGAGGAGAGGGAACCGUAUGGACCUCCAUGCGACCUGUCCCAUCCUGUUUUUAGAAUCUCUUGAAAUGUAUAAAGUCUUUUGAUAGUUUGGACAGAUCUUAAUCUUCAUAACAAUGAAAGGCACCAGUGUAUUUAUUGUGCUGGUAACUAAAUAAAGUUUUCAUUGUUUCUUCAGAAUUA